AUGUACGUUCUUUCAAAGUAUUGGUUCCUUCUAACGGCCUUGUGGUUUGCUGGAGCUUUAACGCUUCCUCAGCCGGUGUAUGGUGAUAGUGUGGUUCCUGGUGGGUAUGGCACCGUUGAUCCGUUUGCGGAGUUCUUAUGGCCACGAGGUUUGUCUACGCCGCUGAGCGCAGUCACGGCUGCUCAUGGCAUUUACAAAUUGGAGGAGGAGGUAGAGGAUGAGGAGACGUGUAUGAAUGGAGGUGUUCCGGUGACUGGGAAAGGUGAUGUUUGCCAGUGUGCCGCGACGAACGGUUUUUCCGGUUUGAGUUGCGAGUUGUGUCAACGCGAUGGAGUGUGUUCUAAGCGUAGUCGUUAUGCUAAUGAGUGUAAUCAUAGUCUCGUAAUCCGAGGAACAAAUAAACAGUUUGAAUGUGCUCUUGACUCCCCUUUUUUUGUUAAUCUUAUGGGUGGAGGUCGCGAUAUUGAGGCUCGGGUCAUAUUUAACUGUUCUACAGGAAAUGAUGAUUCUUUUAUCAAUGGUGCUAGUGGUGAAUGUUCUAUGGAUUUGUUCCGUAUAGAGCCAAAUGAAGAAUAUGUAGAUAAAUUUUUUCGAUGCAUUUCAUCACCGUGUUCUAUGCAAGUCUCAGAAGAAUCUAAAAAUGAAAAUGAUAAUUACAAUUCAAAGUUAAGUAAAGUGUUUAAAGGACUCAUGAUAACAGGACAGGUAGUGCUUGUCACCCUUUGUGCAUUACUAGCUAUGCUACGGUGUAUCUCAUCUAAACUUGGUCGUCAUCGAACAGCAAAAAUUGUGGUAGGUUUGGGUACUACACUAGUACUUUCCACAUUACUAUUUAUUACUAUUAUGUUCGUAAGCAUGCGUCCAAAGCAUUCAAACAUGAUAGUUUUGUACGAAUGUAAACAUACGCAAUGUUUGUGUGCUAAAGACCCACCAGCGAAGUAUGUUCCUUUUUGCUCAAAAACAGUGCUUAAUGAAUCAAUUUUACCAAAUAUUAAAAAUAGUAUAAAGUAUGUGUGUAAUCUGCAAACAAAAAAAUGUCAAUUGACACUGGCUGACCUCGCUCUUGUUUUUGAUCUUAACUGUACUGCCAGUGAGUGUGUAGAUACGAAAAAAUAUCCAGCAACAUCAACAGUUGAAGAACCAGAUACUACGCAAGCCCAGCGUAAUCUCUUGGUGAUUCUUAUUAUCGCAAUAACUCUGCUGAUUGUAUCAAUUGCAGCACACGCUUAUUGGCUUUCCUCAAGAUCCAAGAGAAAGGCUAUUGAAUUUGUUCGUAUGUUUGGACUCUCAGAAUCUGUACCACACUCUGGAAGUCUUCGAGAAAUAGAUGAUGAAGAAAAAUUAAAAGAAAAAGAUGAAGAAAAGGAAGAGAAUGAGGAAAGAGAACAAAACAACAACAACAACAACAACAACAAACGAGAGAGAAAUAAUAAUAAUGAUGAUGACACCAAUAAUAAUGAGGAAAAUAUAAAUCAAGAAGAACCACAACAACCCAUGAGAAUGGAUAGUAAAGAAGAAGAAGAAAAUGUGACACACCGUGAUGAUGAAAAUGUUGGGUUUGCCUUGAGAAGUCAAUCACAUACCACAAGCGAUGCGAGACGUGUGAUUACUACUAUGGCAAAUGAAGCUGAUCAAAUUGAAUUCGUUCGUAAACUUGCAAAGUCACCUUUUGAACUCAAAUUAACAGAUUUAGAAUAUGCUUUAACAGGAUCACGCUUCGCUAUUGAUGAGGAAUCAAGGACACGAUUUAUUCUACAGCAGGUAAAUUUUACAGUACAUUCAGGUGAAGUGUUAGCUAUUCUUGGUCCAUCUGGAGCAGGAAAGACAACACUUCUGGAUCUUCUCUCAGCACGCAGUAAACAAGGAAGAGUAUUAGGAUCCAUGAGCCUUAACGGUACACCAGUUUCCACUAAUUCUGUUGCUUCACUUAAGUUGUACCGAAAUAUUAUUGGAUAUGUUUCACAAGAGGAUACAUUAUUGCCUGCUUUAACAGUAUAUCAAACAAUUGAAUACGCAGCACGUUUGAAACUUCCUCAAGCUUUUUCUAAUUCCACUAUAAAGGGUAUUGUUCGUCGUAUGAUUGAAGCAUUGAAACUCCAACGUUGUGAACAUACAUUAAUUGGUGAUGGUAGUGGUCUACGUGGGGUAAGUGGAGGUGAAAAACGACGAGUUUCUAUUGCAGUAGAGUUGCUUGCUAAUCCACGUAUUCUUUUCCUUGAUGAGCCAACUAGUGGAUUAGAUGCUAUAAGUGCUAAACGUGUCAUUGAAGCUGUAGUUGAACUUGCAAAAGAAUCACCUAUGCGGGCGUAUGCUCCACAUUAUUUUGCUUUUAAACCAAUUGUUAUCUUUAGUAUUCAUCAACCCUCACAAGAGAUAUUUAAUCUCUUUGACAAAUUACUUUUACUUUCACGUGGUGUAAGUGUUUACUGUGGUCCUGCGAAUACUGCUGCAGAAACCCUUGAAAGUCGUGUUGUACGUGUUUUAGGUAAUACAAGGUCAAUUCCUCGCAGUAUGGAUCAUCCAAAUCAUGCAGAGUAUCUUAUGAAGUUAGAGGAAAUUCUUGAUGAUACGGCGCGAAUGGAAUUACAAGCAGAAGAUGUUACACAAGUUGCCAUCAUACAUGAAAAUGCAGAAUCUUUACAACAACAACAACAACAACCACGGGAAAAUUAUAAUCGUCAGUAUUUUACAGAAAAUGAAUCACUAGUGGCUGGUGAAGAUAUUCUCCGUACAGCUGCUGCUUUUCGUGUUUAUUACGCAAAUGUAUAUCAACAAUUUAUGUUGUUAACAUCACGGGCUGCCAGUUGUUUGGUUUCUUCUUUUCAUUUAGUUGUCUGUCAUGCGGCUGUUACGGCCUUUGUUGGGGUUCUCAUGAUGUUUCUCUAUCGUGAACAAAAUCUUGAUCUUCCUGGAGCUCUUAACCGUGCUGGAUCCAUUACCUUUCUUCUACUGGUGGUCUCAUUUGUAUCCCUUAGUUCUCUGGAACAACUUAUUGCAGAACGUAAACUAUUCGUUGUGGAACGAGAAAAUGGUUUCUAUCGCACCUUACCUUAUCUUCUUUCAAAGAUUCUGGUGGAUAUUGUUCCACUUCGUAUUGUGCCAGCGAUGGUUCUUGCAUCUCUUAUUUAUUUCCCAAUGGGACUUCGAGUGGAUGAUGGGGUGCAUUUCUUCUGGUUCAUCGUCGUUGUCAUUCUCUUCUCUGUCUGUAUUACCUUGGUAGUGCUUUGUAUUGGAAUUCUCACCGGCUCCUUUGGGGCAGCGGCACUUCUCAGUAGUGUUGUGAUUUUGUGGAAUUUUGUUUUUGGAGGUUUUCUCGUGCAGUCGGAAACGGUGCCAAAAGCCUUACAUCCAUUUCAGGCUAUAUCGCCAUUCUUUCUAACCUUUGAGGCGUUAUUGGUAAAUGAAUUGGAUGGACAGGCUUGUACCUUCGCCCCAACAGAUGAAACAGGGAAACCAGCGGCAAACAGUAUUCCCAUUAUGUGUGUGCAAUACUUAUCUAAUAUUGGAUUGAAGCCCGCGCGGUUUAAUGGAGAUGUGGCUCAACUCGCUUUGCUUAUUUUAUUAUUGUUUGCGUUAGCUUGGGUACUGCUUGCAAAGUUUACCACUAUUGUGCGAUAG